AUGACUCUUUCCAAAAAGCUCGUCGUCGCUGUUGUCUACGAGAACCAGGAUGACUACCUUCAGCAGGGAUAUACCAAGGCGCAGGUUAUGGAUCUAGCACAUCCAUGCGAAGUUGAUCCUGUGGUAGAUGCAUUGGUUAAACUGGGACACACUGUCGAGCGCGUUCCCGGCAUCCAGCAUUUGGUUCGUGCGCUGGCCAAGCACGAGGGCCGCAAAUGGGAUCUCGUCUUCAACAUGUCCGAGGGCUUCUUUGGAUCUAGCCGCGAGGCACAAGUACCGGGUUUACUAGAAGCGUACCAAAUUCUGUUUACGUUUGGCAGCGCUGCCACCAUGGCUACCUGUUUGAACAAGGUGGACACUAAGAUCAUCCUGCAACACCACAACAUACCAACAGCGCCAUUUGUGCGCAUCCAAGGCCAUGAGUCUACUGAUUCACUAGAUUUGAAUCACAUUCGGUCUCAAUUACCGACAUAUCCCGUCUUUGUGAAGCCCUCAAUGGAAGGCACAUGUAUGGGCAUUGACAGCGCCAGCCGAGCAUCCAACGAGGACGAGCUGCGGCGCAAGAUUGAAACUCUGCAGACGCAGCACCCCGGACAAGAUAUUCUUGUAGAAUCAUUUCUGGCCGGCCGCGACAUUACUGUUAGUCUGGUCGGCACCGGCGCCAACACGCGGGUUCUGGGGGCGCUCGAAUGGCUAUGGGAGAAGAAGGGCGACGGCUUUGAGUUCCACACAGGCUAUACUAAAGGGUGCUUCAUAUUAUCAGAAUUUGAGAAGCAACCAGACAAUCUACAAGGCAGCGCUGUAUACCGGGUCAUUAGCGAGGAAGGGAUGAAAGAUCCACAGGUGCAAGCGGCGUGCAAGACGGCUGUGGCGACAUGGAAGCUCUUCAACUGCCGCGACGCAGGACGAGUUGAUUUACGUUUCGACAAGAAUGGGCCAGACGGCGUGCCCAACGUUUUAGAGGUAAAUCCUAUUGCUGGGUUGGAAAAGGACGAGUCGCUAUUACCAAUGACGGCUAAGCUGGGAGGCCUGGAGUUUACGGGCCUUAUUGAUGAGAUUGUCCGUAGCGCUCUGCUACGACGAAAGGCAUAA